UCGUACUCGCAAAAUCCUUCGCGACCAAGGUACCUAAUGUUGCUGCUACUGCCGUACCGCCAUCCUGCGCUACCACCGACCACGGCGUUGUUUCAAAGCUAAACCACCCUUUCCCUCCUCCUCCUCCUCCUCCCUCCCUCCCCCGUCUUCUCCUACCAUCGCCCCGAAACAAAUCCCCAAUCCCUCAAUCGCCGCCGCGAUGCCACCACUCCACCGCCGCCUCGUUCUCUGCUUCCUCAUCCUCGCCGCCGCCGCCGCCGCUACCACCGCUGCCUCCAUCUCCACCCCCGCCGAGCUCGCGGUCGCGUCGCACCCUCUGUCCCCCCUCCGUCUCCCGCCGGCCGCGCCCUUCGCCGGCGGCGGGGAGGGCGGCGGCGGUGGCGGUGGCCCCUUCUGCACACGCGUGCAUAUCCGCGGUCGCCCGUCCCGCCUCCGCGACCCGUCGCGCUUCUUCCACGCCCUCAGGGUCCGCGCCAACGCUACCCGCCCCAGCGGACUUGAGCUCUGCUUUCACCGGAAUGCCACAGUGGGUCCAUGCAAGUGCGCGGCGUCACAGUGCCAUAAGAUGGCCAAGAGCGGCCUAUGGGUGCAAGCCAUCUCCCCGUACGACACCCGGGUCCUCGAUUUCCGGAUGCCAUCGGACCCUUCGAGGUCUAUCAUAGUGUCGACGGAGGAAGAGUUCUUGCUUCACAGGGUGGUGUUCUUGUUGCUGGGAAUGGUGCUGAUGGCAGUGGCGCACACUCUUAGCGAGUCUGUGGUAUUCUACUAUGGCGGAGCAAUGACGAUUGGAAUUUUCCUUGUAAUUCUGAUUAUACUCUUCCAGGGAAUGAAGCUUUUACCCACUGGUAGAAAGAGUUCUCUUGCAAUUUUUGUGUACUCUUCACUUGUUGGCAUGACCACAUAUUUUUUGCACUAUUUGUCGGGACUUUUACGUUCUGUGCUUGUGGAAAUUGGGAUUGCCGAAGACAUGCAUAAUCCUCUAGGUGUAUUCCUUCUCGUAAGUGUGAUCUUAGCUGGAGCCUGGUUUGGUUACUGGGGUGUCCGUAAGCUUGUGCUAACAGAAGAAGGAUCUGUUGAUGCUGGUGUGGCUUAUUUUGUUGAGUGGGCUAUCUUGAUUAUUUCUGCAGUUAUGAUCCUGCAGAGUUCUUUGGACUAUCUCUUUGCAUUUUCAGCAUUAUUAUUUUGCACAGCCAUCAAAGCAGUUUCUAGGAUUGAGGGAAAGUCAAGAGUUCUACGGUGCCUAUCAAGGGCAUUUUCGAACAUUGUUCCCACUGGCUAUGAAGGUUUUGGUGAGGAGUACUCCAGCAUGAAUGGAUCUCACCAAGAUGGAUUUAGCAAGCUUCAUGGUGAAUACAUGAGGAGUACACCAAAAAGAAAUUCACUUCGUACGGGAUCAAGGAAGACAUUGUCUCAAGACCUUGCUACGGAUAGCUACUAUUCUACCUUCCACACUAACCCUGAGCGGAAAAAGUUUUCAGAGGAGGAAUAUGCAGCAUUCACUAGAGAAGAGACACAUAAAGCUAUGAAACAACUGGUCUCAUCGCCUGAUUUCAACAGGUGGGCACUAGCAAACGUGGACAGGAUAUCUGUGACUCCUCCACAAAGAACACCCCAAAAUAGCAUGAGCCAGCAGCGGAAACGUUUGUUCGGACUGUUUUAAGCUGUGUGUGAUAUCUUCCAUCUAGUAAUCUGGUUUCAAUUGCCAAUCAAUAGAUUUGAGCUGUAUAUCAGUUUUUCUUCCUGGUAGUGGUAUCUUCAGUGUGCUUGCAGCGGUAGGUAUUCAAUGUAUAUGAAUUGAGUGGUAGCUAGCAGCUGUAACAAUGGUGUAUUUGCUUGUGGAAGCGAAUCUGUAGUAGCUGUAACGAUGGCGUAUUUACUUUUGUGGAAGCAAAUUUUGUAGGAUACCCUGUUAGGUUUCUUGUUGGGUUGAAACAUCUGGAGUAUAGUACUAACUUCUAGGUGCUACGGUGAGUCUCAAGCUGAUUAUAUUGUACAACCGCACUUCAUCGCUGAGGCUGCUUAUGUAAACCGGAGGAUGCCAGCUGCCCGAUACAGUUGUAGUUGUGGAGCUUCUAUGAUACAUUCUUUUGUGAAGUUCAGGGCUGUUAUGUUUUGCCACGUCAAACCUUAGAUAUGGUGUACAAUUUUUAGUCUAACCUUUGGUUGGUUACUAUGGGGUUGUUUGGUUGCAUGCCACAACUUGCUAUGCCUAAAGUGAGUCAUGCCACAGUUUUUUAGUCA